AUGGUUACCCUUGAUAAGCCCCGUUCAGAAAAUAAAGAGAAAGUGUUUUAUUCUUGUAAAGAUAGUCCCUCAUCGAUCGGCCCAGUGUCUCCUCCUGAAAUUAAUGAUGGCAGGAGCAUUUUAAUUUCAAGUGAGAUGUGUGUUAAUCCGCCUAAGCCUAAGACGCAAGAACCUGAUCAAUACACCAAUAAUAGAAUAUAUGUGAGCAACAUUCCUUUCUCAUUUAGGGAACACGAUUUACAUGCGCUUUUCAGCCCAUUUGGAAUUGUUGUCUCUGCACUAAUCGUUUGUAAUGAACGUGGCUCGAAGGGUUUCGGCUUUGUUACAAUGGAUUCGAUUGAGAGCUGUGAGCGAGCUCGAAAGAAUCUGCAUGGGAAGAAAAUAUUGGGAAGAACGAUAGAAGUCCGUAAAGCUACUUCGCCACCGAAGCCGAUUACGAGUCGCAACUAUGGCAGAAAUCACACACAUAAUAUACCCCAACCGAAUGCUUCUCACGUUGCAACAAAAGCUCAUAUCAAUAGUGGAUUGCAAGCGAACCUGAUUCAUAAUCAAUUGCAUCAGCAGCAGUUGAAUCUGUUCCUUACGCAGAAUCCGUUAGUGCUUCAGAGCCUUCUCUCUGCAACAGCUCCGGUCGCUGCCACUCCUCCAGGAAUUUUCAAUGUUAAUCCCUUAGUAGCGAACCAGCCUUUGGGAUUACCGCCAAUAAAUCCUUUCCAAGUUCCGGCAUAUGCCAAUCUACAAGCAAAUGCUGCUCAAGCAGCUCCUGCUCACCAGCCAUUUGCAUAUUCGUUAGGCAGUGUCAACGCAGCUUCAGGAUUUCCUCUGGCUAAUGGAUUAUCUCCGUAUAAUUUACCUUUCGGAUCGCUGGUAAUGCAGCAAAAGUCUCCUUCUCCUCAGCCGCCAGCAUCUCUGAACAACUCCCAGUUAAGCACCUCUAUGGCCUCGCACGCUCGUCUCAUGCAGGAUCAACUUGUGAAUCUACUAAAUCUUGAUGGAACUUUAAACACAUCCUUGUACAUUGACCAAUCUAGACAAAAUCUCAACGCUAGUCUCCAGAGCAGCAAAAGUAUCCUAAAUGGUAGUUCAGAUUCGGAGGAUUCGAAAAAUAUGCGGAAGCGACCUUCGGGAGAUAUGAGACAAGACAACAAAGUUCUUCGCAUGAGGACUAAAGCAGUUGCCGGCUUAGCACUACAGUGUGGACGAUCUCUUCAUCUACAUCACGCUCGAACUCCUUUUUUGGCUAUCAAUCACCUAUCGAUCCGUUGUCGUAGUACACAAACCAUCUGA